UUUAUAAAAAAUAAAAUAAAAUUCAGAAUCCCUUCAGACCUCUUCAGGCUUCCAAGAAACCCUAUGGCCAGGGACGCAGCAAAGCUUCCAUCUUCAUCAAGCCCUAUGAUUAGAAGUAGCUACCGCCAAGACCUUCGCCUUCCAAUCCUCUCAAACGCAGAUUUAGAAGAUUAGAAGAGAAGACUCAAUUAUUACGCUCACAACACAAUCACAUCGCUACCGAAGAAGAGAACAAGAACAAGAAUCUACGCUGAAUUCGGUAAGGGAAGUGCUUCUUGAUCUAUGGCUGCUGUUGGAGUAGAAGUGAAGCGUGCAGAUGGUGCACCUGAGGAACAUUGCUCUGCCAAGCUAACCAAGCAGGGUGAGGGGCUUCGACAGUACUAUACUCAUCACAUCCAUGAGCUACAGCUCCUUCUCCGUCAAAAGACCCAUAAUCUUAAUCAUCUUGAGGCUAGACGUAACGAGCUCAAUUCUAGGGGUUUUGGCUUGGUUUUGGAAUUGGUGGUGAUUACCCUCUUUCGGCUACACUUAUGUCUGAAUAAGCUAACAAAAAAACGUGAGGCGCUUUCAUCGCUGCGGUGUUUGCUAUGCAGGGAUUCGAAAUCAUGGCUGGUGGAUUAUUUGCAUUGAUUGUAGCUACAACGUUUGAUCACAAAUAUAAAGUUCCUAUUUACGAAGAAAAUCGGGAAGCGUCACUUGUGUUGCCGACUUUUGAUUAUGUUUGGCGUUUGAUUUUAAUGUUUGGUGCUGUUCCAGCAGCACUUACCUAUUCAAGAGUGGGGAAUUAUUCUGCAAGAGUACUAGAGAAACCACCUUCUCUCAUAACUCUACUAACACUUGGAUCAUCAAGUAUAGAGAUUAUGAGCUGCUCAACUUCAAUCUUCAAGGCCAGAAUAUGCUGCUGUUCUUAAAUUUUCUUAUACAAUACUACACCUCAGGCAUUUGAAACUUACUAACCUUUAAAUGAAUUCUUUUAGGAGAAGACUUAAUUUCCCACCUGCCACUGCAAAGAUACCUGGAUUGGUGAAUGUCGACUUUGCCGAUGUUAGAGCUAUAAUGGCCAAUGCAGGUUCUUCACUUAUGGGGAUAGGAACUGCAACUGCCUCUUUUUGCAUUGAAGGGAAAACAAGGGCAAGAGAUGCUGCAUUAAAUACUAUCCAGUCGCCCUUACUAGAUAUUGGUAUUGAGAGGGCCAUUGGAAUUGUAUGGAAUAUAACUGGUGGAAGUAAUCUGACAUUGUUUGAGAUUUGGUUUCGUAUCAUGUUCAGCUCGGUCUUUUUUGUGUUGGAUGUAGGGAUGGAAAUUGUAGGUUUCUCAAUUUCAAGGCUAACACUGAAUAGGCUUAGGUGGAUCAGUUCUGUCAUGCUCCUACUCACACUAUUUGUGUUGCCCUUUGACUUUAUGCACAUUAGUAUUUUUGCAUGAUCACAGCUUGCCUUGGAUCACUUCCGAAAUGGACAUAACCUGUAUCGAGGAUUUUGGUCUUGACUUUGCAAAGCUUUGGAGCCAUUUGAGUUAGCAUAGGGGUUGGCUGAAAUGAAUUGGUUAGAGAAGGUAGUUUAGAAUUUUUAGGAAUGUUAAGCAGUAGCAUGUAGAUUCAUCAUUAGCUUUGUGUAAAUUAUAACCAUAUUUACAUGUUCAAAACUAUGAUCUGAUCCAGGAUUUCCAAAAAGAGAUUAUUAUGUGAAAUUAUUAGUUUAUGGUAUAUUGAAGGUGUUAUUUUUAGUGAA